CACUCACUCCGCCUGCGGCACUUUUGUAGAGCCGCCAAUCCAUCACCAACCGUCGCCACGCUCUUCCAGCGCCCAUCACCUCGAAUAUCUGCCCAGGCGCCAUGUCCACCCCGGCCCGAACCAACAAGGGCCUCUCCUACGUGCUAGGAGACAACAAUGUCCACGAAAACCACAUCUUGCCCGUCAAUGCCUUGCAGUACUCGUCCCAGUACCGCCAGCUCUACACUGCUGGACGGGACGGUACCAUCAAGGUGUGGGACAGCGACCAUGGCCGCCAGUCCGGUCUCAACCACACACACACCGACCCUCCCUCCGACUACCAGGAUAUCGACGAGCGCCUUUUGAAGUUGGAGACCAGCAUAUCGUCCAAUCCCAUUCCCUGUGGUGGCGGCGAUUCUACCCCCGCCACCUACUCCAUCGUGGACAACUACAAGAUCCACUUCGACUGGAUCAACGACUUGAAGCUCGUUAAUAACGACGCCAACUUGGUCUCGUGCUCGGCUGACCUCUCCAUCAAAUUGAUCAACUUGAAGCAGUCGCCAGACACAGAUUCCACUACAGUGCACAAGUUCCCCAACUACCACACUGACUACAUCAAGAAGUUGUCCUACAAUACCACCCACAACCAGGUUAUCAGUGGUGGCUUGGACGGCCGCAUCAUCGUGUGGGACUUGCUGACCUUGAAGCCCACUAGGCACCUCAGCAACGCCAUGGCCGCCGUCAACAACCCUACCACAUCCUCCUGCUCCAUCUACUCGUUAUCCAACAACCAGUCCAACCUUAUAAGUACGGGCGGCUCCAACAACUCCAUCAAUUUGUUUGACAAGAGAUCCCAGAACCCAUUCAUCAGAAAACUCAUCGGCCACCAGGACAAUAUCCGAUGUUUGCUCAUGAAUGACUCCUUUAUUCUCAGUGGCUCCUCCGAUACCUCGGUCAAGUUGUGGGACUUGAGGAACUUCAAGGUCUACAAGAACUUCGACAUCCACGACUAUCCUGUAUGGUCCUUGACAAGCGAGUCCAACGAUUUCUCAGUGUUCUAUUCCGGUGAUAAGGGUGGUAAUAUCAUCAAAACUGAUCUCAGUUACCUUCUGUCUCACGAUAAUACCCAGGACUUCCCUGAAUUCGACACCUUCACGUCUACGGACGCUGCUAAUGUGGACGAAAAAUUGGGCCUAUCUACCAUUGUAGCUCAAGGAGACUCCCCAAUAUUGUCAUUGUGUUACGAAGACAAAACUAUAUUUGCUUCUAACUACACCUCUUUGAACAGAUAUCACGUUCCAGAUAUUACUAAUAUUUCUAAGUACCAGUACUUGAGAACAUGUCUCGACUACACUAUCAACAAAGAGAUCCAGUUGAGUGAUGAAUUUGCUUCCGGUAUGCCUAUUGAUGGGGCUCCUACCUCGAAUCCCAACGAAGAUUUAAAUUCGGACUUUUAUGAUAUCGUCAGUCAUCUAUCUGUGGAUACAAAUGCGUACGACAUUCAGUCCACCUUCUCCAAUAACGCAAACCUAUUCAAUGAUUUGGAUAACACAAACGAUUCGGACUACGAUGGAGAAGAACAGGACGAGGACCAAUACUUGUCCAUGUUCUUAGAUAUUAACGGAGGCGCAUCUAAAGAAUUCGUGAAUAUGUACAAACAAGAGAUAUCAGAUGACGAAAACAAUCCUUUUGAUGAUCCGAGGACCGGCACUCAGCAUACAGCAUCGGGCCAUGUCCUGACCAUUGAUACUACUCCUGUGGAGAUUUUGUUGAAUUCGAUUCCUCAGAGUCAAAUUUCACUAAUUCCUUAUAAUAAGGCUCCAUUCUCAGAAUAUCAAAUUGUGCCUAAAUCCAUCAUUUCCAAGAGGCUUUUCAGCAAUAAGAGAAGGAUGCUUGUUCUUUAUCUCAAUGGUGAUAUAACUAUAUGGGAUAUUCUUCUUUGCAAGGAGAUCAAAUCAUUUCCUUACCCAGUACCUAUUAAUCAACCUUUAGCUGGUGAUUCUCUAGAGAGAAGGCUUAAAGAAAUGGACACGAUUUAUCAGAACAAUCAAAGUGACGAAACUCUUAACAAUUGGUGUGAUGUUGAGAUCAAAGCAGGGAAGCUUUUGGUUACAAUCAAGGAAACUAGUUUCAUGAAUGUCGAAUUGUAUUAUGAUGACCUCAUUAAAGAUUACCCCUCUGCCUCGUUAGAUCACCCCGAUAACCAGAAAUUGAAGAAGAUGGACAAGAUCAGCGUCAAUAAAGAUGAUAGGUUCCAUAUUGGAUCUAUUCUCUUAAAUUCUUUUUUCAGGCAAUAUGCAUUGUUCGAAUGGGAAUUCGAUAUCAAGGUCAGAGAGGAAAUGAGGACAUUGACAAGAAACAAUAAACAAUUGGAGGCUGCCGGAACCGAAUACAGUGGGAGUAUCAGACAAUCGAAUGGCCAUAAUGGAGUUGAUCCCGGUUCGGUAGGAUCGGGGUUGAGAAAGUUGAAAUACUUUGGAAGAAAAUCCUCCAAGACUAACGUGUCAAAUCUUUCACUUGCAUCAGCACAAAACUCACAGCAAGCUAGUCCAAUAGUUUCCACAAACACGAGUAUAAAUGAUUUUGCGAUUGACUCUGAUCCUGUUUCAGAAUUCCUUAAGUUUAAUGGUGAUAACUUGAAGAAUAGCGCUGGUGCACCAGCGGCUUACUCGACGUCGGAUUAUGAUUGUUCAGUAAUGAAGUUAUUGCAGAGUAACAAAAAGGUUUAUUGGGAAAAGUACCAUUACCCUACAUACAAUGUAAAGUCUGGAAAGCCUGUUGAUACAAUGCUACGUGUUAACCAUAUUGAUCCUACCUUGGGUGAAAAUAACGAGGAGGAAAUCUCUUACAUGCCAAUAAUCCAACCUUCAAGAUUGCCCCCAGACUUAUUAAUUACCAUUUUUGAACAUUCCCCAGAAUUAGGCAAUUAUAGAGAUGUCUGCAGCUUCCAUUUGGAAGAUAUCUCAAAUAUCAGAGAAAGCUCAAAAGAGGAAAUGAUCAAGAACUUGAGACUACAACUUCCCAGGUGGCUUGGAUUAUCCGUUUUAUACAACAAAUGGCCCGAGCGGGAAUCUCCCAAGAUCUCCUUCCAGCUUAUGGAAUGUGAGUACCAUUUGUUGGAGCCAGAUCAAAAGAUUGGAGGGAAGUCCCAAAGAAAAAUCAAGAAGUUACCAGUCCUAGAAAGUUCAAUCAAGCUUACUUCGCACAAUAUGUUGAGAGUAAGUAAAAUCUUGUAUUACUUAAGCGAGAAGUUUGAGUCUAAAACCUCGGAAAUGAAGGAUAAGAAGCUAGUACCUACAGAUUGGUUAGCCAUAGAUUGUCGAGGCCAGGAGCUUACUAACGACAUGACCUUGCAAACCAUUAAAACCAAGAUCUGGAAGAGCAGUGCCGAUGUUGAGUUGAGAUUUAGAAGAAAAUAUGACAAAUAGACCCCGAACAAUACUCAUUUAUAGCACCUAUAGACGCUAUUGAUGAAUAAACGAGAUACGAAAAUAAAACAUGUAAAUGUGCAGCGAAAAAGGAGAUAUUUCAGCCAAGAGCCUAGACAAAGUGACCACCAGACAGACCAGCUCGACAUGCGAAACAAAAGAUGUUUAAAUAGUUAAUAAAAGGUUACCUUUUUAGAAUGGUGAAGAGAAAAGAGAUUCAUCGAAAAUAACGUGAAGACACUUCAGGCCAUUUUAGAGUGAAACAGGACCCUAUGGAUGAUAAUGUCAG